AUGGCGGGCAGUAUCAACAAGCCAAAGAAACCAAAGUCCAAGCGGACGACAACCCGCCUCCGCAACAAGAUUCAAAAGGCCUCGGCCGCCAAGCAGCGAAAAGACCGCAAGCUGGCCAAGAAGAACCCGGAAUGGCGCUCCAAGCUGAAGAAGGACCCCGGCAUCCCCAACCUGUUCCCCUACAAGGAGAAGAUCCUGGAGGAGAUUGAGCAGAAGCGCGCCAAGAAGGCCGAGGAGGCCCAGCGGAGGAAAGAGAUGGCAAAGGCCGCCAAGACGGGCGGCGCCGCUGCCGAGGCCAAGGAGGACGAGGAUGCCAUGGCCGACGACGGCGAUGUGGCGGACGAGGACCAGAUGGACGAGGACGGCGACCUGGACGAGGACAUUGACGAGUCGAACCCGAUGGCGGCCCUGAUUGCCAGCGCUCGCGCCGCGGCGGCAAAGUACGACAAGUCGCUUGCCGCCAGCGACGACGACAUGGAGGACGAUGACGACGACGACGACGAGGAUAGUGACAGCGACGCCUCGGACGACGGCGCACAUGUUUCCGCCGGUCAGGCCUCUUCGCGCAAGACGUUUGACAAGGUCUUCAAGCAGGUCGUCGACGAGGCCGACGUGGUGCUCUACGUGCUCGACGCCCGCGAUCCCGAGGGCACCCGCUCGCGCGAGGUCGAGCGCAGCGUCAUGGCCGCCGCCUCGGGGGGCAAGCGCCUGAUCCUGAUCCUCAACAAGGUCGACCUGAUCCCGCCCAAGGUGCUGCGCGACUGGCUCGUCUACCUGCGCCGGUACUUCCCCACGCUGCCGGUGCGGGCGUCGCACGCGGCCGCCAACGCGCACGUCUUUAACCACCGCGACCUGACGGUCCAGAGCACGUCGGCCGCGCUCUUCAAGGCGCUCAAGAGCUACGCCGCCAGCCGCAACCUGAAGCGCGCCGUGUCCGUGGGCGUCAUCGGGUACCCCAACGUCGGCAAGAGCUCCGUCAUCAACGCGCUGCUGAGCCGCAUGGGCGGCAAGGGCAGCGGCGGCGCCUCCAAGGCCUGCCCGGCCGGCGCCGAGGCGGGCGUCACGACGAGCAUCCGCAAGGUCAAGAUCGACAGCAAGCUGACGCUGCUCGACUCCCCCGGCGUCGUCUUCCCGUCCAGCUCGUCCCUGCAGUCCGGCGGGCUCGUCGCCAUCAAGAACGCCACCGAGGCCCACGCCCACCUCGUCCUCCUCAACGCCGUGCCCCCGAAGCAGAUUGACGACCCCGUCCCCGCCGUCAGCCUCCUCCUGCGCCGCCUCUCCGCCACGCCCGACCUGCUGCAGAAGCUCACCGACGUCUACGACAUCCCCGCCCUGCUCCCCAGCGCCGCCGACGGCGACAUCACCACCGACUUCCUCGUCCAGGUCGCCCGCAAGCGCGGCAGGCUCGGCCGCGGCGGCGUCCCCAACAUCAACGCCGCCGCCAUGACCGUCGUCACCGACUGGCGCGACGGCCGCAUCCAGGGCUGGGUUGAGGCCCCCGUCCUGGCCGUCGAGUCCGCUGCCGGCGCUGCUGCUUCUGCUGCUGCCAAGCCGGCCAUCAAGAACGCCGGCGAGGAGGACGUCAUGCCCGACCAGAAGCAGAUUGUGACUGAGUGGGCGGCCGAGUUCAAGCUCGACGGCCUGUGGGGCGAUGAUUCGGCUGGUAAUAAUGCGGAUGAGGGGGAUGCCAUGGAGCAGUGA